UUGGAUUAUGAUCAUCUCCCUCACCAAGCUGUGAGUCCCUAGGGACGGAGUCUCUCUAGAUCACUGAUGUGCCCCCAGCACCUGGCACAGAGGUGGGCACCAGGAAACACUAAGAAGGAUCCCAAGCCCUUUAAAGCCAAGCCAUUUUGAGACAAACGGGGCCUGUGAGACUGAGCUUUACAUGAGAUGAAGGAAUUGCUGUAAAUUUGGUUAGACAUGAUAAUGGUGUUGUAAUGGUGUUUUUCAAAAUGUCUUUAUCUUUUGGAGAGACUGUUGAAGUGUUUAUAGGUGAAGCAAGCAACAUGAUGACUGGGAUUUGCUUCAAAGGACUCCAGCCAAAAGUAAAUAAAUACAAUAAAUAAGCAGUCUUUUGUGAAGGAACAAAAGAACAAGUAAAUCCCAUUCUGCUUGUCUGUUCCUGUUGACAGCUACAAGUCCCUCAAGGAUGCUGGCUGUCCCGGAGAUGGGCCUGCCGGGGCUGUACAUUGGUUCCAGCCCAGAGCGAUCACCAGUACCUAGCCCACCUGGCUCCCCAAGGACCCAGGAGAGCUGUGGCAUUGCCCCCCUCACACCCUCACAGUCUCCAAAGCCAGAGGCCCGAGCCCCCCAGCAAGCCUCCUUCUCCGUGGUGGUGGCCAUUGACUUCGGCACCACAUCCAGUGGCUAUGCCUUCAGCUUUGCCAGUGACCCUGAGGCCAUCCACAUGAUGAGGAAAUGGGAGGGUGGGGAUCCAGGCGUGGCCCACCAGAAGACCCCUACCUGCCUGCUGCUGACCCCAGAGGGAGCCUUUCACAGUUUUGGCUACACUGCCCGUGAUUACUACCACGACCUAGACCCUGAGGAGGCACGGGACUGGCUCUACUUCGAGAAGUUCAAGAUGAAGAUCCACAGCACCACUGAUCUCACCUUGAAGACCCAGCUAGAGGCCGUAAACGGAAAGAAGAUGCCAGCCCUGGAGGUGUUCGCCCAUGCCCUUCGCUUUUUCAAGGAGCACGCCCUUCAGGAGCUGAGGGAGCAGUGCCCGUCUCUGCCAGAGAGGGACACUGUGCGCUGGGUGUUGACGGUGCCUGCCAUCUGGAAACAGCCGGCCAAGCAGUUCAUGCGGGAGGCUGCCUACCUGGCUGGCCUGGUAUCUCGAGAGGAUGCAGAGCAACUGCUCAUUGCCCUGGAGCCUGAGGCUGCCUCUGUCUACUGCCGAAAGCUGCGCCUGCACCAGCUCAUGGACCUUAGUGGCCGGACUCCGGGGGGUGGGCGCUUGGGUGAGCGCCGCUCCAUUGACUCCAGCUUCCGUCAUGCCCGUGAGCAACUGCGAAGAUCACGCCACAGCCGCACAUUUCUGGUGGAGUCAGGAGUGGGAGAGCUGUGGGCAGAAAUGCAAGCAGGAGACCGCUAUAUGGUGGCCGAUUGCGGGGGAGGCACUGUGGACCUGACGGUGCACCAACUGGAGCAGCCCCAUGGCACCCUCAAGGAGCUCUACAAGGCAUCUGGUGGCCCCUAUGGCGCUGUGGGCGUGGACUUGGCCUUCGAGCAGCUGCUUUGUCGCAUCUUCGGUGAGGACUUCAUUGCGACCUUCAAAAGGCAACGGCCAGCGGCCUGGGUGGAUCUCACCAUCGCCUUUGAGGCCCGCAAACGCACGGCGGGUCCGCACCGUGCGGGGGCGCUCAACAUUUCACUGCCCUUCUCCUUCAUUGACUUCUAUCGCAAGCAGCGAGGCCACAACGUGGAGACGGCCCUGCGCAGAAGCAGUGUGAACUUCGUGAAGUGGUCCUCUCAGGGGAUGCUCCGGAUGUCUUGUGAGGCCAUGAAUGAGCUUUUUCAGCCCACAGUCAAUGGUAUCAUCCAGCACAUAGAGGCGUUGCUGGCGCGGCCAGAAGUGCAGGGUGUGAAACUGCUGUUUCUGGUGGGCGGCUUUGCCGAGUCUGCGGUGCUACAGCAUGCAGUGCAGGCAGCGCUGGGCGCCCGUGGCCUGCGCGUUGUGGUCCCACACGAUGUGGGCCUCACCAUCCUCAAGGGCGCUGUGCUCUUCGGCCAGGCCCCAGGCGUGGUGCGGGUGCGCCGCUCGCCUCUCACCUACGGUGUGGGCGUGCUCAAUCGCUUUGUGGAUGGGCGCCACCCUCCUGACAAGUUGCUAGUGCGCGACGGUCGCCGCUGGUGCACCGAUGUCUUCGAGCGCUUCGUUGCGGCAGAGCAGUCGGUGGCCCUAGGCGAGGAGGUGCGGCGUAGUUAUUGUCCUGCGCGCCCUGGCCAACGGCGCGUGCUCAUCAAUCUGUACUGCUGCGCCGCCGAGGACGCGCGCUUCAUCACAGACCCCGGCGUGCGCAAAUGCGGCGCGCUCAGCCUCGAGCUCGAGCCGGCCGACGGCGGCCGGGAUAGCACCGGUGCAGCCCCAGGCCGCCGCGAGAUCCGCGCUGCCAUGCAGUUUGGCGACACCGAGAUUAAGGUCACUGCUGUGGACGUCAGCACCAAUCGUUCCGUGCGCGCCGCCAUCGACUUUCUUUCCAACUGAGGGCUACUCGCCCCGCGCUCUUUCGAUCCCUGGGUCAGGAGAGCGGGGUGGGAGCUGAGGAACCGGCCAGUUCCGAUGUCAGCGCCCCUUCCCUGCCCUCCAUCCUCGAGAGGUGAAGUCUGGAGGGAGGGAGGGACAUAUGGAGACUCGCUUUGUGAUUGGGCUUUGGUCCACUGAUUGGAAGGCUGAAGGGCCCCCGCCAAGAACCAAGAACUUCUGAAAGGUUUGCAAGAGGGAGGGCCCAGACUGGCAGGGUGUGUGUGAUCCCUUAGAGAAUGCAACAAAAGACUAAGCCCUGGCCUGAACAUGGGUUGGGGGAGAAGCAGCAGCAAGAUAGGUUGCCAGGUGCCACUGCAGGAGGGAGGUUGUGCAGGGCCUGGGCCUGAAGGGCCAGAGUUCACUAAUUGAUGGGCUGCUGCCAUAGGGGAGAGCCAGGCAGAGCAACCCCAAACCACAGGAAAAUGACAAAUGGACAUUGGAGAGACAGGUGUUAGUAACACCUUCCUGGAUAUGCUGACCGCCUAAAUAUGACUCUUACUCACAGAAAGGGCAGUAGCUGACUAGUGGGGAGGAGGGCACAUAUCAUAGUGAAGGCAGCUUUGGGGGGUGUGGAGAGGACAUGCUCUGGAGCCUAAAGACAGCUUGUGAAUGACCCACCCCUUUCAUCCCCACCACCUGAUUGGAUGGGCAGUUGAGGGAGGGUAAGGACAGAGGGAGCACUGAGGGAUGGUCCCAGCUCUGCCACUGACUCCAUGUGCCAUUAGGACAUUCCCAGAGCACCCACAGGCCUGCUUCCCCAAAUGUGAAAUGUCAGGCAUCUCUCUCAAUCAUGACAUGCAACACCCACCCUGCAGCUUACACCAAGAUGACAAUAAAGCAUUUAUGCUUAAGGGCAAGCCACAGCCUGCUGGUACCACACAAGUGGGGACCCUAAUAGUGGUAGUACUGUAGAAAGCAUGAGUUAUGGAGAAAGAAGAAAGUUUUCAGCUGUGCACAAGGCAGGGAACCGGCCAUAAGGGGGUGCUGCUGUCAAACAUCCCAAAUACUUCCCCACUCCUAAAGACCUCUCCCUGGCCAGGGCAGAUACCCAUCCCCAGUUAGCCCCAGGCCUAAAAUGCCACCACCUGUGCACAGCUCUUCUGAGGCCAAGGUGCUACAUUACCACUGGCUGUUCUUGCCUCCUGAAAGGAUGAGUUACCCAAGUCCUUGCCUGGCCCAUCUGUGAGGUAUUAGACAAUCUUGAGACCAGAGAGAACAAAAAAACCCAUGGCCAUGUAUCCAUUUAAGUUUUUAUUUCUUAUGGGUUCUAACCCAACCAGUCAUUUAAAAACCAAGUAACUCAGACCUGAGGGGUAGGAGCUGGGAACUGCGCCUCCCUCCUACUCACAUGGGUAGCAGUGGGGAAGAGGCAGGGGUGGGAGAGGUGGCUGAGGCAUCCAGGCAGCAGCAGCAGUAAUGGGGUGUUGGCGUCACAGAGCCACUCAGUCCUCUCCCAGACCCUGACUGGAGCCCACAUGGCUUGGGAUGGAGAGUGGGUAGAACCCACCCCAGAAUCUCCCCUUCCCCUCCUUAGAUAGCCUCCUUGGGGGCUCAACCCAUUUCUUCUGGCAGGAGACUGAGGCACACGGAGAGGAGGAAGUGGGAGAAUAGAACACAGGAGAGGCAGGGUAGUGGCAGAAUGAAGGCAGAGGUGAAAGGUGUGGGCGAGGCCCCAACACCACCCCUUCGCCCACCUGGGGAUGGGGUGAGGAAGCCACAUCAUCACGCAGCAUGUUGGGAGACCAGGUGGGGUUUAAGGCUGAGGGGCCCCAAGACAGGUCGGCCGGGUGCGGGCCUCAGUCGAAGCCAUGCCAGUCACUAUGCUCAGAGUCGUACUCCAGCUCUGCACCCACACACUUGACACCGUCCAGUAGCAUGGGUGUGCCGUGGUGUCGGUCUGCAAAGCAGGCAUGCAAGCUGGUGUGUCCACUGUGCCCUGGCCCCACCCCAAAGGGUCCUCUCUGCCCUAGAGAUCAGGUAGUGGGGGCCACUGGGAGGACCUGGGCUAAAAAGUUGGGACCCCAUUGGAUAAGGAUCCCCGAGGCCAAUCUUGCAUCUGCUCCCUUCCAGCCAGAUCUAUGCCUCACACUCACCCAUGACACGUGCCUGUACCGUCACCCGCACACAGGCACCAGUGCCACCCUCGCAGGCUAGGAGCAUCUCCUCUUUGAGGACGCCCUCCUUGUGUGCCGAGUACUCGCACUUGAUGCUGUAACCUGCCCAGAGACAGGGGACAGGUGUGCCAUCAACACCUCCCACAGCUUCCCAAUCCUGUCCCCAACACAUAUGGCUAUCACCCAUCACAUGACAUGCUAAGCCUCCCAGAGAAUGGGGCAAGAAUGGCCCCUUCAGAGCCCAGACACACAUCCCUAUUGGUAAGAUGUGCCUAGAGGCCUAGGAAGCUUCCCUUUCUUCAAUGAGCUCAAUGUGCCUCUGGCCUGCAGGCCAUCCCCAGCAUGGCUCUCAAGGUGAGGCAAACUCAAACUCAGGCUUCCAAAAGAAGGACCUGUGUAUUCAACACAAAGGCAGGCAGUGAGGGGGUGAUGGAGAACAAGGGAGGCAGGCAGGGUGGAAUGUGAGCAGGCUGUGGCAAGAGCAAGGCAAAUGCCUAAGGCAUGUUGCUUGGAGUCCACUGGAGGACAAGGUCAUGAAAAGGUAGAGAAAGGGGGACAUGACACUGAAGCUGGGGUCUAUGGGCAGUACAUGGAAAAACUGACACCCUAGCCUCUUCCAAGCUGAAGGUAGCGGGUGGAGCAGGGCCUGAGGCCAGCAGGGUUGGGAGAAGCAGUGUGAAACCCAGAGCCUGGGGCUGGUGGGUGCUAGAAGUUGGCCACACAAAGUUCUGCGUCUCCAGCAUAUUUUUCUCGAGGGCAGGCAGGAGGGAGGGUUGGAGGCCCAAAGCCAGUGGUUCCCAUCUUGAUAACUUCCCCACUAAGGAAACCAUCAGGCAAUGGGCAGAUGUAGGCCUGCAGUGUGAAUUCAUUGGCUUCAGUCAAAGAAGGGAGGCUUGGGACAUGCAAACUACCAAGUUAUCACUGCAAGCUCUUAAGAAGUAUGUGUCACUGACUUGAAGUACCCCAUAUUCUCACUCUCACUCACAUCUGGGACCUACUGGAGGAGGGCAGGCCUCCAGAACCCCAGGAAGGGACACACCUUCAGGGAUGGGCAUGACGCUGAGGAGCUUGAGGUGAAGGCUGGGAACAGGUGCCUCCCGUAUGUCCUUGCUCAGCCUGCGCACUGGGGGCAGAGUGAAGGUAAUCUCAUACCUGUGCAGGAUCUUCAGGAAGCCAACCUGCAGCAGAAAGGGGUGAGAAGACAGGCACCUCCAGUUACUGAUUCCCUAAGAGUCCAUCCAGGCCAUGCUGCCUAUGAUCCUUGUGGACCACAACACCUGCUUCUCUGGAAGCCUAACUCCUUCCAUCACUUUAGCUAGACCCCUAGUCCAGUGGCUUCAGUCCCUCUGGCAGAAUCCCUUCCCCUAAAGGCCAGCACAAUCCUCAUCAUCUGUCAAGGACCCCACAUUCCUUAGUGGCCUAUUUUAUAAAGAAGAUUGAAGUCAGAAAAUGAUAUUAUGUGACCAGGGAAAAGUCUUCCCUAGAUCUCUUGGCCACUCUUGCACGUAAGAGCAUUGGCACAUAAGGCACUAGCCUCUACUUUGAGCCAUAUGGAGGCUCCAAGUCCCACAACACAGACCAUCCACCUGUCCCCACUACUACCAGCACCUAUUCAGAACCAGUAGCCCAGGGUCCUCCAAUCCCUAAUAAGGAGACACCAGGUAACACAAAACAGUGUGGAUGAGGGAUAGAAUGAAAUUAGGUAAGUAGACACCACAGAGUAGGGGUAUAGUUCAGUGUUAGUUCAUGCCUAGCAUGUGUGAGGCUUUGGAUUUGAUCCACAGCACCAAUUAAAACCCAAAAUGAACUCCAGACCAGCUGUGUAAGUCCACAGCUGGCCCACAGACCUGACUUCUGCCUGUCUCGCUGGCAUCAGAUACACCUACCUGCUCACUCAGAGGCCCCUAUUCAUGGCCCAUGGAAUUUGUUGUUGUUUAGUACCAAGAAUUAAACCCAGAGGUGCUCUACCACUGAAAUACA